UCAUAUUUAGCACUCGUGUACCACGGCGCCAUAUCCAUCCAUCCAUCCAUCAUGACCCCCGCCGUGUGCCGUGUACCGAGUAGCAUAUGUUGAAAUGUGAAAAUGUCAAAUCCAUGUCGUGAAUGGCAUCGUGUUUUCCGAAGGGCCCCAAAACCCGCGUCUCGUCUCGUCUCUUGCGCAUUUUUCUUCGAUGAUGAAUAUAGAUACUUGUUCUUGUUUUCGCUUUUGGGACUGGGCUUGCUUGGGAUUUCGGACGGGGGUUUAGGGGGAAUGGGCGGUGCGGGGAUGGGGGAUGUGGUGGUAUGAUGGUGGUUGGAUGGGGCUUGGAUGGAGUAUUUGGCUAACCCCUGUAUUUACGGGAUUUGAGUGGAGCUGGCU